GAAGGAGAAGAGAAGGAGAAGAGAAGGAGAGGAGGAGUGUGGAGGACUGGGACCUCCAGCAGGAAGUGAAGGAGUCCAGCAGCAGUCGGACCCUCAGACCUUCAGGUAACCAGGACCGGCCAGGUGAAUCAGGCCACGCCCCCUCAGCAGGAUGGAGGCGGCAGGAAGUCCCAUCGCCGCCUCGUCUGGCUUACUUCCUGUCCAACCAGAACCAGAUACCAGUCCAGGAAAACCAGAACCAGAACCAGAUACCGGUCCAGAAAGACCAGAACCAGAUACCGGUCCAGAAAUACCAGAACCAGAUACCGGUCCAGAAAUACCAGAACCAGAUACCGGUCCAGAAAUACCAGAACCAGAUACCGGUCCAGGAAGACCAGACCAAACAAACCUGGAGCCCUCUAAACCUCCAGAACCUCAAGCUCCUUCAGGGUCCGUUUGUAGGGAUCAGAAGGAGCUAGCUGGUCCUCCUGGACCAGAACCAUUCUGUGGUUCUGGACCCAGUCCUGUACCUGGUACCGGUCCCGCUCCCGGACCCAGACUGUGUGGGUUCCUGCAGAAGCAAGGGGGGCCCCUGAGGGCAUGGAAGCGGCGCUGGUUCAGCUACGAGGAGAACCAGAACCAGCUGUUCUACUUCCGGACGCCGCAGGACGUGGAGCCGCUGGGCCGGGUGGAGCUCAGCGCCGCCAGCUUCAGCUACCCGUUGGGGGCCGAACCCGGAACCUUCCACGUCCAGACCCCCGAACGCACCUUCGUCCUCAAGGCCGUGACCCGGGAACUGAUGCUCUACUGGCUGCAGCAGCUGCAGGUGAAGCGCUGGCAGCACCGACGGACCGACACCUGCAUAGGCCACGCCCCCGACACCUGCACAGGCCACGCCCCCGACACCUGCACAGGCCACGCCCCCGACACCUGCAGCAGCACAGGAGACUUCCUGCUGACGAUGGAGACUCCCCUGGGCCUGGUGGGGGAGGGGGCGGCCAGCGCCCCCCCCCGGGGGGGAGGGGGCCUCGCCAACAUGUCCAUCAAGCACCCGCUCAUCCACAUCCAAAACUCGGUCCACAGCCUGAAGAAGAGGCGGAGCGUCUUUCCUGCAGAGACCCCGCCCCGGACUCCACCCCGGACCCCGCCUCCAUCCCGCCCAGCAGAAGCCCCGCCCCCUCCUCUCCCAUUGGCCGAUCCGGCGGAGGGCGGGGCGUCGCCGCUGAGCGGCAGGAGGACCAAGACCCGCCGCUCGUCCGUGACGCCAGAGCAGGAGAAGCUCAUGCUGGUGGAGGAGGUGAAGGCUCAGAAGGAGCUGGUCCUGAUCCUCCACAGGGCCCUGGAAGCAGCUCAGCUGGAGAAAAGGUCGUGCGCCGAGUUCCUGGCGGAGGACGGCGAGCAGCGGCGCCUGGAGCUGCUGCGCCACGGCCAGCGCCAGGCGGCUAACGCCCAGCAGCGCCUGGAGGACGCCGCCGUGGAGGCGGCUAACGCUCAGCGGCGCCUGGAGGACGCCGCCGCGGAGGCGGGGCUACUGAGGGCGGGGCUGGCCGACCGGGACGCCCGGCUGGCCGACCGGGACGCCCGGCUGGCCCGGCUGCAGGAGGAGGUCCGGGAUCUCCGGGACCAGAACCAGGCCCAGCAGCAGGUGAUCCAGAAGCUGUCCGACCAGGUGACCUCCGGUCUGUCCGAGCCAGUCCGGUCCCCCGUACCGACCCGGUCUCCGGCCCGGUCCCCCUUACCGACCCGGUCUCCGGCCCGGUCCCCCUUACCGACCCGGUCUCGGUCUCCGGUGGGGUCCGGACUCCCAGACCUCCAGGUGGCUCCAGCAGCAGGUGGACGACCUGAAGGUGACGUAUCCGGACUCUGGUGUUGGUACCGGGACCAGGAGUUGGGUUCUGGUUCUGGUUCUGGUUCUGAGACUCUGGUUCUGAGACGGGGUACCAGUCCAGGUUCUGGUUCUGUGUUGCAGGACGACUUGGAGGCGUACCAGACCCAGAACCGGUUCCUGAACUCUGAGAUCUUCCAGCUGACCCGCCUGUGGAGGAAAAGCUCGGAGACGGAGAAGAGUCUGAUGGUGAAGUGCUCCCACCUGGAGUCCUCCCUCUGCCAGGUGGAGAGCCGCUACCUGGGCGUCCUGCGGAAGCUGCAGGAGGACAAAUCUCUGGACCGGAGCCAGCAGGAGGCCGUCCAGAGGACCAUCGAGGACGUUCUAGGGGGGACGAUGGAGACGGGGGUCCCGCCAAAGACCGCCGUCCCGCUGGACCACGACCAGUACGGGUUCAAGAUCCUGCCGGACUAUGAGGUGGAGGACAUGAAGCUGCUGGCCAAGAUCCAGGCGCUGGAAAUCCGGUCGCACAACCUCCGGCUGCAGCAAGGACCGGAGCGCCCCCUGCUGGCCCGCUGGGCCCGGUUCCUGGCCGGCCGCUCGGACCAGGACCUGAGUCCGUCCCCGGAGCUGAAGGCCCUGCUGAGGGGGGGCGUCCCGCCGGAGUACCGGCCCCGGAUCUGGCGCUGGCUGGUCCGGACCAGGACCAGGACCCUGAGGGAGCGGCACCCGCAGCGCUACCAGCAGUUGUGUGAACAGACUCGGUCAUCCCUCCAUCCAGCCUCCCAUCAGAUCCAGCUGGACCUGCAUCGAACCCUGACGACCAAUCAGCACUUCUCCUCCCCGUCAAGCCCCGCCCUCCAGCAGCUGCGCCGCGUGCUGCUAGCCUUUAGCUGGCACAACGCCGCCGUGGGCUACUGCCAGGGCCUCAACAGGCUGGCGGCCCUGGCCCUGCUGGUCCUGCAGGACGAGGAGGAUUCCUUCUGGCUGCUGGUGGCGGUGGUGGAGGCCCUGCUGCCCCCGGGCUACUACGCCCCCCCCCUGCUGGGGGCCCAGGCGGACCAGCGGGUGCUCAAGGACCUGCUGGAGGAGAAGCUGCCCCGGCUGGCGGCGCACCUGCAGGCGCGGGACGUGGACGUGACGCUGGUCUCGCUCGGCUGGUUCCUGGUCGUCUUCGUGGAGAAUCUGGCAUCGGACCUGCUGCUGCCGCUGUGGGACGCCUUCCUGUACGAGGGCAGCAAGGUCUUGUUCCGCUACGCUCUGGCCAUCUUCAAGUACAAGCAGGACGAGCUCCUGCGACUCAGCGACGGCGUGGAGAUCUACCAGUACCUGCGCUGCUGCACCAGGACCAUCUCCGACGGCAGGAAGCUGGCGGCCAUCGCCUUCGGGGACAUGAACCCGUUCCCGCGGCGCCUGCUGAGGACCCGGCGGACGGCGCACCUGCAGGUGCUGCAGGCCGAGCUGCAGGUGCAGGAGGAGCAGCAGAAGGAGCUGGGUCUGGACCUGGACCUGGACCUGGACCUGGACAAGGACCUGGGGACGGGGGCCAGCGAGGACGACGACGACCUCUGAUCCCGGAGGGAUCCACCGGGAUCAGGGACUUAUUUAUUGAUAGAUUGAUGGAUGGAUGAUAGAUAAAUAAAUAGA